GCAGUUAAACCCACUCGCAGAACAUGCCAGGUGCUUCUCCUGGAGAUACCCCUGGAAGCCCCUGCCCUCCUCCUCUGUCCUUGUCUGGCCAGCCAGUGUCACCCGGGGGCUACCUGCAUUGUGGCCUGGAAAUUCCCCAUGACGACAGUCUCUUGGGUUCAGCCCCUGCUUCCCAGGGCACCCCCAGCCAAGACUCCUCUGCAUCCCCUGAUUCUUCCUCCACUGAACACGUUCCCCGGCUCUGAAAUAUCAUGACUCAUUCCCUGUGCUGAGCUGCCAGGGGGGCCCUGUCUGUCCAGAAGACCGCAUCCUUCAGUUCUAGGGUAUUUCUCUCUCUUAUCUUUCUGGAACUCCUGUUAAUUGGGGUUUGGACCUUCAGGAAUAGUUCCCUAAUUUUCCUAGUGCUUUCCCCUACUUUCUACAGCUUCAUCUUUUUCUACUCAGGGAGAUUUCCUCAACUUUACCUUCCGUCUCCUGUUGAUGUUUUUAGUUCUGCCAUCGUAUUUUGGUUUCCACAAGCCCUCUCUUUCUCCAACCAUUGCUUGUUCCUUGGACGCUGUAUCUCCUCUUCUCUUGCAUGGCAGUGCCUGGUUUCUAGGCUUUUUCCUGCCUUGUGCAUCGUUUUCUCCUGGUUCUUUUCUUAUGGUUUCUAUGUUUCAUGUCAGAGGUUUCUCUAAAAUGUCUGGUGACACCUGGCCUCCCCUUCUCUCUGCAUCUUGGCCAGGAAGAGAGGCGGGGGGCAGAUCAACAUGGACCCGUUAGCACAGCCAGGAUCGGCAUCUCACUGAGGACCCUCCAGUGUCAGUGGUGGUUAUGGGGGUCGUUUGUAUGUUUUUAAUCAGUCUCCAGCCUGGAGGGUCCAGGUCUGGGGACUGCUACCUGGGGCUGUUCUAGCUUGUUGCAGGGUAGAGGAGAGGUACUCCCACUGUCCCCAACUUUGGUGGCCCUGCAAGCCCAGCCUGGCCCCGAGCAGCUGGUCACUCGCAGAGCAAGAGGAGGGUGAGAAGGGCCCCCCUCUGCCCAGUGCUGCACUACUGUCCUGCGUAGUCCAGCCGGAGCCCAGGCCUGCACCGCACCCAAGGAUGACGGCCUUUGCUGACAAGCCCUGCCUCCUCUGAGGAUAGUUUGGGGUCCACAUGUUGUCCUUAGAGCUGGUUCACAGGGUCCCAACCUCACCCUAGGCAGCUUCUCCAAGGUCCCCUGGGAGGGGCUCUGGGCGAGCCUGUCCCCUAGAACUGCUGUACCUCUCGAGUGUUCAGCACCCCUGCGAGCCCUCCCCGGGGCCCUGUUCCCCCGUCGUCAGGAUGGCGGUGUUGACCCCAGGGACCCCAGGCUCCUUCUUGCCUCAACCCUGUGUGAUGAGGUCACCCUCACCCAGGACCUUCUACUCCCCAGCAGGGGCUGACGAAGAAACCGUCACCUUCCCGGGCAAAGCUGAGGGAUGCUAAGAGGCUGGCUUGAGAGGUGCCUCUGUUCUCUGCCAUGGGCCCGUUGCAGGGGUGGAUCACCCCAUCCAGGAGGCAUGGCUGUGGGGCCUGAGGGGCACUCAGCUGGCUUGGGGUUGUGGUGAUGGGGGGCCUGAGGGUGAACUCACCCAGGCCAGCCUGGGCUCCUGAGCUGCAGAGGCCUGCAGGAGACAGUACAGGACAUGAACCUUGGGGUACCUGCCAGGGCCCUCACUCACAUCCGGCACUCCCCACUGCUGCAGGUCCAGAACCCUAGCCAGGGCCCCCAGUCACAUCCAGCCUCCCCACUGCUACAGGCCCAGCACCCUGGCAGACUCCUGUUGCUGCUGGGGAGGGUCCUGUCACCACAUCCCAGGUCUGGAAGGUAUAAUCUGCACCAUUUGUUCUUAGGAUCCUGCCCUGAGAAGAUGGCCUACUAUGGAAAAUGCAUUGAAACUGUGAUCGAGAAACUCGACACAUUUACACCCAAGAGGGACAACCCUGAGCAGUUCCUAGAGGCUGUGGCCACCUCCCUGCAGGUAGGGUCUGCCAGGGGCUCCUGGGAGGCUGCGCCAGUGGCACCUGUCAUGCAGCUGUUCUCGUUAACGGCAUCAAAUACCUUCCUAACAACUGCCUUCCUUCCAGACGGGGAGAAGCUGGCAGUGCGGGUGGAUCAUGAGACCCCCUGUUUUCUAGUGAUCUGCUACCUAGCCACAUUCCUGCUGGAGGAACUCGGCUUCCAGCUGUUCUGUAACAUCAUCAAGUCCCAACCCGUGGAUAAGAUGUGCAAGUUCCUCAGGUUCUUCUUCAACCCCCUGCACCUGUGCUCGUGGAUCAAGGACGAGUGGAGCCUCAUCUACGAGCCGGCCCACGUGAAGGAGAACUGGAUCGACCCCCUGAAGAGAUGGCAGCCAAAGGUCCAGGAGCUGAUCAACCACCUGGAGAGCAUGUCUGCCAGUCAGUCCUCUCCUUUAAAGACCAAGGCCAAGGUCACAGAGCCCAAGGAAUUCAACCUGACUGCCCCCAAGUCUCGCACCAUUCCAGCGCCUGAGCCAGUCCCGGUCGUGGCCAAGCCGAGACCAGUCCCCCAGAGCACCUACCAGCCACCCAAGGAGCAGCAGCAGCUGGAGACGGUCAAGAGGCACAACCGCCGAAAGGCCGAGGAGCUGCUGCUGAGGGCAAACAUUGAGGAACUGCGCUGCGCCAUGCCCAGGUCCUGCGGGGAGCCAGUGCAGGGCUCCAAGCAGCAACUGCGGCUUCAAUUCACACCCCGAAUCCGAAAGACUCCGAAGCUGACCUUCUAUAGGCCCGACAACGUCCCAGUCAAGCUGAACACCACAGCCAUCCUGCGAGAAGGGGCCUUGUACCAGCGGCAGGUGGAGCAAGAGCUGCAGAGGGUUGAUAAGCUCGUGGAUGGGGCUGGGGACUUCUCCGAGUUCCUCGAGUGGCAGAAAAAGAUGCAGGCGAAGGACCGGGAAGAGCAACUGGCUGCAAGCGAGUGCCGGCGGUUGCAAGGGAAGCUUAGCCAUGAGGAGGCCGUCCUGGCCCGGCAGAGCCUCAUGCAGGAGAACAAGCAGAGAGUGGAGCAGCAGAAGGAGCAGAUGGCCAAGCUGAUGCUGCAGCAUGCGGAGAGACGGCUCCAGGAGGACAGGUCCAGGAAGGAGCUGGUGGAGCAGGUGAUAGAGGGGCAGAAGAACGUCAAGGCCGCCCAGACGAAGCUCGCAAAGGGCCGACGGCAGACAGUUCAGGAGGUGAUUGAGGAGAGUCGGGGGCUGCUGCGGCGCAGGGCGCAGGCGGCCCAGGAGGAGCAGCGGCGCCGUUGUGAACUCAUCUCCCAGCUGCGCGCACUCGAGACGCAGCCCACGCGCAAGGGCAAGCUCGUGGACCUGACCCAGACCCCUGGCCAUGGCCUGGAAGGAGAGAUGUCCAUAGUGGAGCUGCGAGAGCGGCUGGCCCUGCUCAAAGAGAAUCAGCGGCGCAAGGAAGAAGAAAAGCGGGAUCAAAUCAUUCAGGGCAAGCGCACCAAGAGCCAGGAACUGCAGAACACGGUGGAGCAGAUCUCGCUGUGCCGUGCGGCCAUGGGGAGAUCCGCAGCCUUGAGGUGGGAGGAGAAGAAGGCCCUUGCGGCGGCCCCGGAGGCGCCCUCGCAGGACGAGCGCGUGCAGCAGCUGCGGCGCAGGAUCUCGGAGAGGGCGGCCGAGCGCAGCAGGCAGGCGGCCUUGCUGCACGUGUCGGCGCCGCGGGCCGCGGGCCCCAAGCCCCGCGCGCAGCUAGAGGCGCAGCACUGGCUGGAGCUGGAGCGGAGCCGCGAGCGCAGGCUGCAGGCGCUGCAGCAGGGAGGCUCCGGACCCGGGCCCGCGCGCCGCCUGGAGGCCGCCUGA